CUAGUGGCCCCAGGCCAGGGCCUCCCACCCCAACUCUGCCGGCCUCUCUGGCCCUCCUUACCAGGCCUGGAAUGCUUCAAGAAUGUCCUAAAUAGAACCUAAUCUGCCUUGCAGUAGGAGAUGCCCUGUAUCCCAGCCCAGUAUGGGACAUCAGCUCCGAGCCCAGGACCUCGUGACCACUUCGCAGGGGAGCCCCUGAUCCAGAGCAGGAUUGCCAUGGACCUGGUUGGCCCGGAGGUGUCCCCCACAGCCCCCACGGCGCUGCCCAGCUUCAGCACCUUCAUGGAUAGCUACAGUGGCGAGUUUGACACCUUCCUGUACCAGCUGCCACCCGGGGCCCCUCAGCCCGCGUCCUCGUCCUCGUCUUCGUCCUCCUCGUCUUCGUCCACGUCCUCAUCGUCGGCCACGUCCCCAGCCUCGUCCUCCUUCAAGUUCGAGGACUUUCAGAUCUACGGCUGCUACCCCGGCUCCUUCAGCAACCAGCUGGAGGAGACCCUGUCGUCCAGCGGCUCCGACUACUACGGCAGCCCCUGCUCCGCCCCGUCUCCAUCCACCCCCGGCUUCCAGCCCCCACAGCUAUCCGCCUGGGAGGGGAGCUCCUUCGGCCCCUUCUCCCCAAACCAGACUUACGAAGGCCUCCGCGCAUGGACGGAGCAGCUGCCCAAGGGCCGCCCCCAGCCCCCCGCCUUCUUUUCCUUCAGCCCUUCAGCAGCCCCGAGCCCCACGCUGGCCCCCAACCCCCUGAAGCUGCUCCCGCCACAGCCCGCUCACCGGCUGGGGGACGGGGAGGCCUAUGGACAGCCGGUCUUUUCUGCCCUGGCCCCCGGCUCCCCGCACCUGGACGGACCCUUGUCCCCAGCCAAGGCUCGGGGAGGGGGCCCGGGGGGCCCUGAAGGCCGCUGUGCCGUCUGUGGGGAUAAUGCCUCGUGCCAGCACUACGGGGUCCGAACCUGUGAGGGCUGCAAGGGCUUCUUCAAGCGGACGGUGCAGAAAAACGCCAAGUACGUGUGCCUGGCCAACAAGGACUGCCCCGUGGACAAGAGGCGGAGGAACCGCUGCCAGUUCUGCCGUUUCCAGAAGUGUCUGGCUGUGGGCAUGGUGAAGGAAGUGGUCCGAACGGACAGCCUGAAGGGCCGCCGGGGGCGCCUCCCCUCCAAACCCAAGCAGUCUCCGGACUCCUCUCCCGUGAACCUCCUCACGUCCCUGGUCCGGGCGCACAUCGACUCUGUGCCCAGCACUGCCAAGCUGGACUACUCCAAGUUUCAGGAGCUAGCGUUGCCCCAGUUUGGGAAGGAGGACCCCGGAGAUGUGCAGCAGUUUUACGACCUGCUGUCGGGCUCCAUGGACGUGAUCCGCAAGUGGGCUGAGAAGAUCCCAGGCUUUUCGGAGCUGCCUCCUGCGGACCAGGACCUGCUGCUGGAGUCGGCCUUCUUGGAGCUCUUCAUCCUCCGACUGGCCUACAGGUCUAAGCCUGGAGAAGGGAAGCUGAUCUUCUGCACGGGGCUGGUCCUUCAUCGGCUGCAGUGCGUGCGGGGCUUCGGGGACUGGAUCGACAGCAUCCUGGCCUUCUCUCGGUCCCUGCACAGCAUGGUCAUCGACGUCCCAGCCUUCUCCUGCCUGGCCGCCCUUGUCAUCAUCACCGACCGCCAUGGGCUGCAGGAGCCUCGGAGGGUGGAAGAGCUCCAGAACCGGAUCGCGGGCUGUCUGAAGGAGCAUGUGUCGUCCUCCCCGUCUGGGGAGCCCCAGCCCCCCAGCUGCCUGUCUCGCCUGCUGGGCAAGCUGCCCGAGCUCCGCACCCUGUGUACCCAGGGGCUGCAGCGAAUCUUCUACCUCAAACUGGAGGACCUGGUGCCACCCCCUGCCAUUGUGGAGAAGAUCUUCAUGGACACGCUGCCCUUCUGAGACCCUGCGCCCGCACACGCGCACACACCCCAUGUGCCUUCAGCUCCAGCUCUGUGCCCAGGACCCCUCCGCCCCUGCCUCCUGCUCUGCCCUGGGUUGGAGCUCUGUGCAGGUCCUCACUCCCAGGGAGCGGGGAGAGAACUGUCUAGGCCUUAAUGGGGGGGCGCCGUGGGGGAGGCUUCUCUCUCCGGCUCCCUUCCCCUCCCCGACAAAAAGGAAAAGAGAAAAGGCUAGCCAUCCCCUCUUGCUUUAAUUUUUUUGUAUAAUAAAUCUUUUUAACAAGCACGUUGUAAAUAGGCAGCAAGCUGCUGGUGUAUAUACUGGAGAGAGGAGGAGGGGAGGGAGGGAGGCCUCACCUUUCCGGGAGUUCGGACAGGGGGUGAUGAUGGGGGACACAACAGUUUGAUUCCAGACCUGUCUGAGGAUACCCUCCCCCUUUCCCUCUAUCCCUCCACCACAAUGUAAAUAAAUUGUCUGUCAUUAGAAGAAAAGACAUAGGACAGAGUCUGACGUUUAUAUUUGUGUAUUUUUCUGGAUUUAUAGUAUGUGACUUUUCUGAUUAAUAUAUUUAUUGAAUAAAAAAGACUUGUAGCUGAA